AUGUGCGACAAUUGCCGCGCGAGGGGCCUACAAUGUGUAUUUGAACUCGCGGGAGACAUACGACCCUCGCUCGCCGAAAAAAUUGCUAUCAAUCGUCGAAAUGCGCUCCUUGGCGCCUCGCAUCCAGCCGUCAGAAUGGCCAGGGAAAUGGCGCUGGCGCCCAGAGGAGCAAACACUUGGCGCCACUUGCAGCAGCACCACAUGGCAUUCAGGGGGUCAAGAGAUGGGGUGACGGACGUUCCUCGCUCAUCCUGCCAAAACGCGCCGUCCACGGUCAUGUUCGACCCCGUCAGACCAGCUAUACAAGAUCGAGGUGAGGUUAAGAAGGACGUUGAUGCCGGUGUCUUGGAUGGUGCUUCUUCUGGUCAUACUGGCAGAGGUAACGAAGGCAAUACCAAGGGUCAGUGUCUGAUGAGGUGGUGCAGCAAGAUGCAACAUGCCGAGGCAAGCAGCUCCGGGGAAGGCUCGGUCAGCGCCUUGUGCACUCAGCUUUGUUCGUGUGAAAUACUGAGUCGAUCUGAGCCAGACAUUGACUGUUAUAAGGCAGUUUAG